AUGGAGCCCGAGACCGAGACGCCUCCGAGAACACCCACGCUCAGACCGCCAUCACCGCCCACAGCCGAUGAUUCCACGGAGGCAGGCCGUGGAGGGGUCGAAGAUGGUGUCUGUGUGCACCUGUUUUUCCUGGGAGGUUGCCAGUCUGACACACUGAGGGAAGAGCUCUACGACGAGGAUGAUUUGGAGGACCUGGCGGACUUGGAGGUCCUGGUGGCCAGUGCCGAAGAGAUGCUGAGCAGCGGGAGACCGCGUUGUGAGCUGGUUUCCUUCGGUCCCCGGCCGGUCCUUCUGACGGCACCACACUGUUUGGCACUGCUCCGCGACGGGCAGUCGCCGCACCUGGUGGAGAAGCACACGAUCGAGAUCGCCUCGGGCUGUGCUCGUUUCCUCAACGGGAGCGUCUUGAGUUGGUCGGCUUUGGAGCGGAGGAGGACGGAGCUCUUGUGGAGGCUCUCGAAGCGCGUGAACGAGGAGCGGGGCCGCUUCGACAUCCGGGACGGCUUUCUGCUGGAUCCGAGGAAUCGGGAUCCCAACUUCUUGGCCACCUCGGAGCUGCAGACAAACGCGUGGUUUCAACAGAUCCGAAAGCUUUCGGAAGCCUGGAGUCUGAAGUUUGGGAUCGAUCUGGAACUGCUUCACGUGGAUGUCCAUGGAUGUCAGGAUCCACCGAACACUCCCUCGCAUCUCACGGUUGGGCUGGGUGCCAUGUGUUUCCAUGCCAUCGACCUCGGGGACGCAGAUGCCUACGAAGAUGCCAUCUGCUUUGGCAACGCCGUCUGCCGUGAGCUGAGCCAGGUCCUGGCAAAGGCCCAAACCCUGCGGCCGCGCGCCGCGCUGGUGCGACUCUCAGCCCCAGGACCCGAGGAGGAGAACUGCGCCCCGCGCUUCUCUGGGGCCUGGCGGGGCGGCCGGCACACGCAGUCGCAACAGGCGAUCCGCGCAGGCUUCAGCCAUGCCGUGCAGCUGGAGCUCUCCAAGGCACUGCGAGCGAUCUUGGCCACGGACGAGGUCCUCCUCUCCGGCUUCGCCAGCGCCUUGCGAGCGGCAUGGGUUCAAGCGAAAGCAGCAAAGACACAAAGACAGAGGCGGUCGAAGCGCUCAUGGCAAGCGAAGACCUAG